AUUCAAAACUGCCUUCAGCAGUAAACAGUUGGUAAAUGGAGUCCCAUCAUUUGUAAUUAAAUUUUACAAAAAUCAAGUGGUUCUGUGAGGUUUUCUCAGAGAACAUCUAAAGUUGUUUAAUCCCUAAUCUGGAAAUGAAAGGAGCAUGAAAAACUGCAAAACUCCACCAACACACAACAGUCCGCUUAACGAAAGCAUGCAGCCAAGAGGCUUGUGGUAACUCUGGAGGAGCUGCAGAGAUCCAGAGCUCAGUUGGGAGAAUUUGUCAUCAGGAUAAGUUUGUUUCAACACACAAAUCUGCCCUCCUUCUUUGGAAUUACGAAAAAGGUUUUUCACAAGCCAUGUCAGACAUACAGCAAACUGGUAGAGGAGGGUUUUCUGGUGAGACCAAAAGAGAACUUUAUGACUUAUGCAUGCCAGAAAAUUAACACUUACAGCUCAUGUCAUCAUGAGUGCUGUGGGGAUGAUUUUCUUCUGCAGCGACAGGGACUCUGGUCAGUUUUGAUAGGAAGAUGGAUGGAGAUGAAUACAGUGUUGUCCUGGAAGAAAUCCUCCCAGAAGCUGCAAAAGCUUUGAAAAACUGGGGCUGGGGGUAAUAUUUGAGCAGGACAACGUUAAACAUACAAACGGAGCUUCAAUGGAAUUACAUAAAUCAAAGUACAUUCAUGCGCUAAAAUGGCCCAGUCAAAGUCCAGACAACUGAGAACCUGAGAUAAUGCUAGAAAAUUGAUCUGGAUUUAAAAGGUAAGCUUUUAGUUUGCAAAAACAUUUGAAAAAAACAAACAAAAACUUAAACUAUGCAUUCUUUUGUAAUGGUUGAUCAUGUAAAAUCCCCCCAAAAUUAACUAAAGGUUCUGGUUUUAACUUGACAAAAAUGGGAGAAAAUUCACCAAGAAUUAUCACUUUAAUGUAAUCUGCAUUAAAGUGUACUGAAACUGAGGUAAGAUUUUUCUGUUUGCAUUUGCGCCUCUAUAAGGAAUCUUAAUUUUAAACGAACUUCUUUUGAUUCUCACAAUGAGCCCUCUUUAAAAAUACUUUUCCUCUUCUUGGUUUGAGUCCAACUAACAGAUUUACAUCAAAGUUGCUAAAGUUCUACAGUGUGUGUCAUUCCUCCCUUUGUACUUCAACCAACAUCUGCUAGACUAACCACUUUGUAUCUUUCACACAUUAUUCCUACACAUGUCAGCAAUUAAAGAUUCGCUGGAACUGUGCGAAGCCACUGGUUGGAGGAACUGGUGUGUUGCUCUGAACGCUGUUGUGUGUGCGCACGAACGUGUGUGUGUGUCAGUGGAGGGGAAGAGGAGGUGUGUGAUCUCAUUACGUUUCCUGUUUUUUUCACAACACUUCUCUCCAAAGAAGUGACAGCCCUUACGCACAAAUAUGCAAGAACACUCAACAGUCCGGCUUUAGCAGCCUGUUGGAGUCAGAUUCAGGAAAUCUGAUGAGUUACAGUCAGAAUGCCUCAUCCUGUUAGUUGACUCGCUGAGACCAACAGCACACAGAGACGACUAGAUAACCCUCACUUUUUAAUUUAUUUAUCAUUUUUCAUUUAAAAACAGAGCUAACUUUCUUGCACUCUGGGCUCCUGAUAUGGACAUUGUGUGGGCUGUUUCACUGAUACUUGCCUUCAUGUCCACCAGACUGAGUCUCAUUGAGGCGACAGGGCAAGACUCACAGUGCCAAGCUGGAUAUUAUAAAGAUUCUAAAGAUAAUUCCUGCAAGCUGUGCAAGGAGGGCACAUUUACAGAGAUAAACAACACUCUUUCGUCCUGUAAUCGGUGCGAUUCUUGUAAUCGGAGGGGAGAAAAGAAACCAUGCACAGCUAACCGCAAUACGGUGUGUAAAUGCCCUACUGGACACUAUUCAAAACAUGGCGGCUGCCGGAGUUGCUCUGAAACCAAUCCCAUCAACAUCAGUGAAGAUUAUUAUGAUAUGUGUCAGUCCAUCCAAAGCCCGCACUCUACGAAGCAUCCAGGAUCCAAGCAAACUCUUCCCAUCUUAGCUCCAUCUGAAGUUCAAACAACGACUACAGAAACUAAACCUUUGACUACCGCGUCGACUGCCAGCCCAACUUCACUGUCAAGAAGACCGACUCUUUCCACCACACUAAAAACAUCAAGUCCAACUAUCGAGAAAGUGCCAAAUCAAUAUAACCUCUUCUGGCUUUCUGCUUUGGGGGCUGUUACAUCUCUGUUGCUCUUUUGGUUCCUGCUGCUCUUCUGCAGGAGCCUGCACAGAAAGGAAGCUGUUCUUCCCUGCUUGAACAAACAAAAAUACCUGCAAGCACUUCCUCAGGAACCAAAAUUGGACGAAGAACGUAGUCAUCACUGUAGCAGCCCAACCACACAGACAUUCACAGUUUGUGAGGAAAUUCCCAUGAUGCCUCUCUGUCAGGAACCACCUGCUCACAUCAGGGGCCACGUGCUGCACGGUCAUCACCCGGAUGCAAGACGAUAUGAGCACUGUGAGCGCUGGCCGGCCAUCGUGCUCUACGCGAUCAUCAAGGAAGUGCCUGUUCGCCGAUGGAAGGAGUUCCUCCGACUGCUGUCCGUGUCCGACCAGCAGAUGGAGCGCGUGGAGAUGGAGGCCGGUCUCGGGUCCAUGGAGAAGCAGUACCAGAUGCUGAGGCUGUGGAGCCAGCGCUCCUCAGCGAGCCUGAAUGAAGUUUACUCCUCUCUGCACCUCAUGGAGUUGUCGGGCUGCGUCCAGCAGCUGCAGGAGAACCUGGAGAGGCUGCAGUGGAGGUGCGAAGUGAAGCAGGUGCUCACAGUCUGACGAGGCUGCUGAAGGGAGGGGGUUCCUGAGACUGCAGCUUUAAACGCAAAGAGGACAAAGCCGGCCGUCUGUAACACAGACGGGAUAGGAAAUAUCAAUUCUCAGUUUGUGCAUGGGUGUUCUUGAACACCGGCGACUGCACCAACAGACUGCUGCAAUCGACAUCAUGUAUUUCUUGAAUUGUGGAGGUGUAUACCGUCAUGGAGAGCAGUGUGAUUUCUUUAUAAGCUUGCCCACAACAUCUAUUUUUUUGUGUAUGUGUGUUAUCUAACCAAAGAUCUACACUGUACACAGUGAAUGUAGGUUUGAUCCAGACCAGAGUCAGUCAGAGAUCACAUGAGGAAGACUUCAUCAUGUGAAUGAAGGCACCAGCAGUAGCAAUUCUCAGAAGCACUUUCUGUUUCUUUAGGUGUGUUCUCCGUCCUAGUAAGCUGUCGAGGGUGUUGCAAAAAAAA